CCAACUCAACAAUUGUGGCCAGGAUAAGAGGAGGGCUUUUCUCCUCUCUUUCGCUGCUAGACUGCUUCUGAAAAGGCAUGGCUUCUUCUAUCACUCUCCCCAGCCUUCAAGGUUCUUUGCUGCGAUCUCGAUUCCUUGGGCAAAACCCCAUUUCCCAUCGUCCUCACAAGUCAGCUUUCCCAGUUGUCAAACAGCCUAAGACCUUUUGUGCUAAGUUUGACUUGUUUGAAAUCUUGGGAGGUAGGGGACUCUGCAAUGGAGAAAAAGGUAUAGAAGUUGAGCUCAAGAGAAACGUAGAGGAAGCAUCAUCGCCUAUUACAACAGAUGAACAAAGUUCUGGCAGCACGGCAAUCUCAGUUCCAGAAGAUGCUUUUGAAAAGGAGCUGAUGGGGCUAACUGGAGGAUUUCCUGGUGGUGAAAAGGGAUUGAAAAAGUUCGUUGAGGAAAACCCACCUCCACCAAAGCAGUCAGUUUCAGAUUCACGGAUCACUGAUGGAAAGGCAGGGGUCCUUUUUGAGGGAGGAAACUGGGACCGACUGAUAACGUUUCGCCUUGACGAGCUUGAACGCAGAGAAAAGGGCCCUCCAAUGAAGAAUCCCAAGUCUGCUGCUCUUGAAGCUAUGCUAGAGAAGGAUCAAAAGUGAUGGUUCCAUUUUACUUCUCUGUCUCAUGAAUGAAUGGUAUGCAUUAUUUGCAGUUUAGACAGUUAAAGCUUAGAUAGGAAUCAAUGCCAUGGAUACCUCAAACAUCAAAAACGAACAAAUUCACAAAUCUUCUAACAUCAAAGAUCGACAUUAACAAGUAAAAUAUACAGAUAUGGAUUAGAAAAGGCUUCAAUUCAAUAACUUUUCUAUGUGUUUAUUCACUGAAAAUGGUGUUGUCCCUUUCUCUGUUUUCCUCACCACACACCAAUAUCAUUAGAAAAUUAAGGUUUCAAUAUUCAGACAUGAAAAAGAAAUGAGCAAACUAAAAGUCCAUAGUCCAUGUAAUUGUGUUUCCAUGUAAAUGAGAAAAUUGUCUUUCCUUGUUGAACCUCCAUCAGAUGAUCAGAAACAGCCACCCAACUGCCAAAAUUGUGUCAAAACAUAUCAAUAAAUAUCUAACAUUCUAAAGCCAAAAAAAA